AUGUCUUCUCCCACAUCAUCGCAGAACAUUAUUUCCACAAACAACCUCUCAGUCCUGCCACCCAUCCUCACCGAUGGGACGGUGAAACGGUCAUCGACGCAUCCGAAGGAUCGGCUCUCCACGUAUUCCAAUGUCUCAUUUGCAUCACAAAAUCGUUCGCGCCCAGGCUCCCAUGUCUUCCCCAUUUUCCAUACAAGUCUUCCAUAUGCUCUUGUGCGAGACUUCGCCUACCCGUCGACCCAUCCCCUGCAUUACGGGCCUCCUCCUCCUCGCGCCUCCGGGGUCUCCACACCGGCAAGUGAACACCGACGCCUCUCCGAUCCAUCACCUUCUUGGGAUAUAUCGCGCGGAUGGUCAACAGGCCAAUCGGGCAUAGAACCUCAGAUUACCUAUGUCCACCAACAGUUGCCAGCCAUGUCCUUUGGGGAUGGACCACCAUACAGCGAGGAUGAAGACCUGCAUAGCCCAGUUGUGACGUCGCGUCAUCGCAAGAAGACUUCUGACAUAAAUGGUCUUGUAGAUGAGAGAGUCAUGUCUGGAACUGGCCAGGCGGUGAACAGUGAUCGCGGAAUGCUCGUUGGCAUUAACCCCGAUGGCAGUGAGACUUAUUAUGUAAAUGAUGGAGAUACGUCAGAUGAUGGACCAGGUGGUGAGUAUGUGACAUAUCCGGCAAAUGAAGGCCGCUAUUCAACCAUGGGAUAUAGCGCCCCGGCCGGCCAGCAGGGCUAUGAACAUGACCCUGGGUUUGAGUCCGAAGAUGAAAACCCCGGUGAUAAUCGGUACUCUAGAGAUUAUCAGUUUGCCGUUGGCUGCCCGGAUGAAGAGAUGCAUGGAAAAGCCGUCGCACUCUUUGACUUCACACGAGAGCAUGAAAACGAACUUCCUCUUACCGAGGGCCAGGUGAUUUAUGUUUCGUACCGGCAUGGCCAGGGCUGGCUGGUUGCAGAAGAUCCCAAGACAGGGGAGAAUGGCCUUGUCCCGGAGGAAUUUGUGCGUCUUUUGCGAGACAUCGAAGGAGGCUUGACGUCGCUGAAUGGGGAACCAAACCCCGACGUCACCGGGGCCGCAGACGUUAGUCUAGACUCCACCGAGUCUGAACAAAUAUCUACUCCUACCCAGGUGGAGCAGGCUUCAUUUGCUGUGAGCGCUCAGUCUGGAAACAAAACCACUGAUGAUAGUUCCCUCGCUGCAGUUUCGACGGAAGGCGCAGAUGCGUCUCAAUCUGCGACGAAUACUGGGACUCCGACCGGUAAAGCGGCUGGGGGCGCCGACAAACGCUCUAGCACGCUGAGCAAGACUUGA